UUGGCCAUCUGUGUGGCUGCCUCAUGUCAGCGUCUUCCUACUUGCUGGGAUCUCCCUCCCUCCUAGUUUCUGUUUCUCAUUCUGGCAGGAAUCGCUUUCAGCAAUGCAAAAAGAUGGAAGGAGAUGCGACGCUUCUCGCUCAUAACCCUGCGGAAUUUCGGGAUGGAGAAGAGGAGCAUUGAGGACCGAGUUCAAGAGGAGGCCCGCUGCCUGGUGGAGGAGCUGAGAAAAACCAAUGAUUUACUAGAAGGAUUAAGAAACAGAAAAUAUGCCAAUGGCCAACAGCAGAGUAAAGGUGAAACUACAAAACAUGUUAUUGCCCAUUGCUUGCAAGCUUUUGCUUCCCUAGGAACUCCAAAGCAGAUUAAGAUGGAUAAUGGAACUGCUUGUAUGUCUACCUCUUUUAAAACUUUUUGCACAACCUUUUUUACAUUACAUGUUACUGGCAUUCCCUAUAAAGCUAGCAUCAAGGCAUUGUUGAACGCGUGCAUAAUACUUUAAAGCAAUAUUUAAAUAAAAUAAAAAAGGGGGAGUUUGGUGUUUCUGCCCAUUCUCCUAACAAAUGGCUCUCACAUGCUUUAUUCAUUUAAAAUUUUCUCACAUUGGAAAGAUGGUCGUUCUGUAGCUGAUCGACACUGGCAUCCACAAACACCUGGGAAAAGAGCCAUGGUGAAAUGGAGGGAUCCUAUCACCAAUCAAUGGAAUGGAUUGAUCUGGUACUGGUAUGGGACAUGGGCUCCUGAAGGAUGGGUUUUUUUUAUGCAGUUAAUAUGAUUUUACAUUGUUAGCCCCUGAUGAUUUCUGCAACUGCUCAUUGGGCCAUGUGGCCCCGAUGCUGACAUCUGUAUUUCCAAAGACAUGACAGCGACGCUCAUCACCUGAGAACUGUCAUGAUAAUGUCAUCUUAAUUGGAGAUGACAUUGCCUUUACCAUGGCUAUAUCACUAGUAGGAGUUCCUGGAUUGGCUUAUGGAAAUAAUCGUGGACUGCAAAGGCUUGCAUGUUUGGUGACCAUGACAAUUAAUCUUACUGCUACUGUGCUUUCCAACAUAGCUGAAGAAUUGGAUCAAGUUCACUCAGGAGUACUUUUAAACUGUGCAGCUAUUGAUUACUUGCUGUUAAAAGAUCAUAAAAGCUGUGAAUCUGUGCCUGGGGGAUGUUGUUUUAAUAUUACUCACAAUGUACCAUAUAUAGAGUCUUAUUGAUAAGCUUAAAGUGAAAUGCAACACAUGUUCAUUAACAACCCCCUAUUAUUUGAGGGUUCCUAUGGAUCCAUUGGUUAUUAAUGUUGGCUGGACUGCUACUGCUUUUCCUACUUUGUCUGGGAUGUUUUCCGUGUGUUCUGCAACUUGUGUUAAUUUUACUACAGUCUAUUUGGACUGAGAUUCAUCAUUUAAAACCUCAUACCAAGCCUCCUUUGUAAUCAAAAUAAUUGAUAGUUAGCUGUAUAUUUCAUCUCUCGCCUAAUGUCAAGCUGGAAUGGUAUGCAAUGACGGGUAAGAUACUCAGCAACCUGUACCAACCUAAGACAGGGCUCUAGGCCAAGCUGCUAGAGUUACCGAUGAUGGGUAAGGACAGAGAUGACUGAGGGAAACCUAAGACAGAGGCCAUUCUCAAUUAAAUAAAAGGGGGGAGAUGUAGGCAGCCCAUGAACAAGUCAUAGACAAGUCAAUGUCAGUCUUGGCUUGCGGAAUUCCUGAAAGAAAAAAAGUCAUAUACUCCUAUGUUGAAGGAGAAUAAUCAAACAAGAACAUUCUGCUCAAAUUAACUAUGUUGUGACUAUGUUGUAGAAAGCUUGAUAAGUUGCUUGCAUGUGUUGUUUACUUCUGAGUUGCCUUGAGCUGCAGCUGGUUAUACAUAAAUAUCUCUGAGACACUGGAAUAAACGAGCCUUGAUCAGC